AAGUUAUGUUAUUAUUAGACAUGGCUGACAGGCCUGUUAUUUCGUAGAAGUCCGUUUGGUAUCAAUAUAAAAGUUCAGGUUGUUAUUGUUUGUCAUUGCCGACAGUCGUGUUAUAUAUAGAAGCCUAUUUGUAAAUCAAUUUGAAGGGAAACAAACUAUCAUCUGCAAUGUUAAAAGUAAUAAAUUUAAACCAAUGGGUUUCCGAAAACAAGUCGCAAUUCUUGCCGCCCGUGUGCAACAAAAUGAUGCAUAACAUGCAGCUUAAAAUAAUGUGCAUUGGGGGGCCGAACCAGCGGAAGGAUUACCACAUAGAAGAGGGGGAAGAAUUUUUCUACAUGAUCAAGGGGGAUAUGUGUCUUAAAAUAGUGGAAAAUGGAAAGCAUAAGGAUGUUGUUAUUAAACAAGGUGAGGUCUUUUUGCUGCCGCCCAGGAUUCCACAUUCACCACAGCGCUUUGAAGACACAGUAGGGUUGGUCAUUGAGAGAGAAAGGCAUGAAAAUGAAACUGAUGUUUUGAGAUACUUUGUCGGAGAAUCAACAGAUAUUUUAUAUGAGAAAACUUUUCACUCUGUAGACCUUGGGACAGAGUUACCACCAAUGAUCGAUCAGUACUUCAACUCUGAAGAAUACAAAACAGGGGUCCCUAAUCCAUCCCAAGCAAGCAAGAAGAUUCCAUUUAACUUAAACCUGGAGUCUGUAUCUGCUCCAAAACUGCUGAGUCAUCAGCUUGAUAAUAAUGCGACCGAGUUCAAGCUUUUUGAAGGUGACUUGCAAAGCAACGUCGAAGUGAUAUCAUCUGGGGUUAAAACUUCAAAAUGUGACGUGGAAACUUGGUUUUGGCAAAUCAUGGGCACUUCAGUUGUUUAUGCAGAUGGCAAGGAGUUUACAUUGAAUGGUGAUGACACACUUCUUAUUCCUCCAAACGUGGAAUACAAGUUAAAGGCUGGGGUUGGGUGCAAAGUGAUUAAAAUGCAACAAAAACGUGAAAUGAAAUAAAAACUUUCGCAACAAUGAAGGGUUAUGGUUAUGAGGCCCCUUUAUUUAGCGCAAUUCCACUAUGACUUAAAGGAUAUAUACCCUUUUUGCAUGGUAAAAAGUUGAUGCGAAUAACGAUCCGCAUUAACUCGUCAUAUGAUAACUCGCUUACCGGGUUAUUUUGCAUGGUCAUUG